AUGAAUCCGCCGGCAGGGCUAGGUACACUUGGCUCUGUCAUUCAGCUAGUUGACUUCGCCGUCAAGAUCAUCGCCACUCAAGACGAGAUUCAAAAAUCCCCGCAUGGUUGCACACGGGAGAAUCGAGGCCUGGAGGCAAUUUGUCAAGGACUGCAAUCCAUUCUUGGAGAGGUUGAGACCCUUUCAUUUUCGAAAACUAUUCCUGGGGGCUCUGGAUCUCAGCAAGAUGGCGCGGUUAAAAGCCUACAUGCUCUUUGUGAAGAUACCAAGAAAGACUGCAAGGAUAUUUUGGGCUUUUUACAAAAGUUGAAGAUAAAAGAUGGAGGCCACAUGCGAUGGGGAAGUAUGAAUGCGGCUUUCAAGUCAUUGAUAGGCCGCCAAAAAGUUGAUGCGAUGGAGGGUCGGUUAAGAACAGCGCAAAGUGCUAUUUCGAUUCAUCUCGGCUCUAUAAUAUGUGACGAGAUACAGACUUUGAGAGCUGCCGUUAGCGAGUUCCAGCGCCAAAAUGCCAGGUUCCGAGUUAGAAGAGAUCCUGAUCUCAAGCUUCUUUCGGAGAAGAUAAAUGCAAUGGAUCUUGAAUCUCCAGGAAUGAAACAAGUAUUGCCAAAAGCAGAAGAUCAAGUUUCACUAGAUGCGUUCAAAGAAUUCCAGGCUCAAAUUACUGGCUUUCACGCUGCCAAACAAACUAUCGCCGCUGGACAAGCUAUCCUCUCCAGCCUCUACUUCCAGAGCCUUCCGAUUCGACACCGAACCAUACCUGAGAAUUUUGAAGAUACCUUCAGCUGGAUUUUCACAGAAGGUGUAUUCCGACGAUGGGUUGAGCAGGAGGGCGGCAUCUUUUGGAUAACUGGCAAGCCCGGUUCCGGCAAAUCAACACUGAUGAAGUUUCUGGCGGAUAAUUACAAGACGCGCUACUUUCUCAAUAAAUGGGCAAGUCCAUUCAAAGGUGCCAUUGCAGCUCAUUAUUUCUGGCAUUCGGGUACUGAGAUGCAGAAAUCACUGCUUGGCUUCCUUCAGACUCUUUUGUUCGAAAUUCUCGUGCAAAUGCCCGGCUCUAUUGCCUCAAUACUCCCCUCUCAGUGGGAGCGUGCAAUGGAUUCGCCGUUCCAAGUUCGCCAAAUGGCGUGGUCUCUAGAGGAUCUAUCGCGCGCAAUCAAUAACCUCGUGCAAAUCGACGAUCUUGGGAUCAGAUUGUGUCUCUUCGUGGAUGGGCUGGACGAGUUUGAUGGCGAUCAUCAGGAGGUCUGUAAGCUGCUAGUUUCGCUGGUUAGAACACCGCAUAUCAAGAUAUGUCUAUCGAGCCGGCCUUGGAAUGUAUUUGAAGACGAAUUUGGCGGUAACGCCGCGAGACGAAUCAACAUUCAUGAAUUGACAGGGCCCGACAUUGAAAAGUUCGUCAAGGGCCACCUCUUCUGCCAUCGCCAUUGGAAUACGACAAGCUUGGAAACAGAAGAGAAGCAAGCGCUGAUGAAUGAAAUACGUCAACGAGCAAAAGGGGUGUUUCUUUGGGUAGUUCUCGUCACAAAAUCACUAUGCGACGGCCUAACAAAUCAAGAUAAGCUUCAUGAUUUCAUGCGUCGACUAGAACUUCUGCCAAAUGAUCUGGAAGAUUUAUUCAAGCAUAUCUUGAACCGUGUUGACCCAAUUUACUGGCAAAAGUCCGCAGAAUAUCUUAAACUCGCGCUUGACAGUGAUGGCCGUUUGCCAGCACAAGCUUACGAUUUUCACGAGUCGGAUCACGAGGACAAGAAUUAUGCAAUCUUAUGGCCGAUUCAGCCACUAUCCUGGGAACGUCUCUGCACAAUCCAGGGCCGAGCCAAACGGCGCAUCGCGGCGCUGACGGGCGGUCUUCUUGAGGCAGAGGGGGCGGUUGGAACGAUCAACAUUGAUUUUUUACAUCGGACAGUUUCGGAUUUCCUUCGUACUCGCAGCAUUUCUAACGAAAUUCACGAGAGGACGAGGCGUGAUUUUGACGUCCAUCUCAGUCUGGCAAAGUUACAUACCGUUCUUUUGAAGUCAGACCUAGGGCGGCAAGCAGAAACCCCCCAUCAAGUCAACAUUGAGCGUUCUUUCGCUCCUACCCAAUAUGUGGCAAAGAUAUUUCAGUACGCUUCCAAGGUUAGGUCGGAACACCUCCAAGACCUCUUCGGAUUGCUUGACUCAGUUGAGAGGGCACUUGGACCCGUUAAAUCGUGGCAGCAAGACUUCAAAAAAUCUCUACUCAAGUCCAAACUUUCGAACGUCGUAUCAAGAAAAUUGUCAAAUGAUGCGAGUUACUUUUCAAUGUUGGAAAAUGGUCCAAUUGAUACAUUGCUAACUGGGCAUUCACCCCCUCUCGAGAUGCUCGACGUACUUUUCCGAUAUGGGCAUGAUCUUAACGAGGCCACAGAUGGAAUCACCUCGCCCUGGUCCAGGUUUUUCCGUUCGUUCACAAUAAAACAUCUCGAUGAAUUCGUUCUCACCUUCAGGGCCCUUGUCAGCCAAGGCGCAAGCCCAAAUGGAAUGGUUCGAUAUACGCGCUGCGACCAAACAGUGUUCUGCAUUUACGUGAUUCUUCCAUUUUCCUAUUAUACCAGAGAUGUUAAUGUCGAUAAAUACUUGUCAACUUUGGAUGUCUUUCUAGAUUACGGCGCUGAUUUCGGAAAAGAGAUAACCUUCCACAAGGCAGGGCCCAUCGAUGAGCGUCAUUGGUGGCCGCAGAAGAUUGAUAGCCGAUCUAACACGGUGGCAAAAGCCUUUAUUAAAGGUUUAAAGUUGCUUGGAUCGAAUAACCAGAUGGAGCCAAACAGAAGAAUUGUUUUCGAAACGACGAGGCGAAUCUUGUUGAAAAGAGGCAACGAUAGACAGCUAGUGUCUGAGCUUCGCAAGGUCAUCCCCAAGGCAUUCCCAGAGCACAUGACGCUCUCGUUGCUUCGAAUGCUGCCGCAAAAGCAGUCUCGUAAGACGGCAUCCAAGCGGAAAAGAGCUGAGGAUGAGUUCGAGAGUAAUGGAACGCGGGUUAAACGGCGCCAAGGUGGCUUCAAACCAGAGUGA